AUGGGCUCGCGACAAAUUGGGCGCACGCUGCGUCGCCCUCGUCGCCGCAGCGCCGUCAACGGCAGCGCCAGCACGCGCUCGGCAGCAGGCGCGGGACCGCUGCAGGUCAUUGGGGAGAACACCGUCGUGGAGCUCACGGCGGACGACGCGCUGCCGGCGCCGACGCUCACGAGUCCGUCGCCCCAGAAGCAGAGCAAGAAGACCAAGAAGAAGAAGAAGCGGCCGCGCGAGUCGGCGCUCUUCCAGUCCGAGAAGAAGCGCAAGAAGCGGCUGGACACGCUCCUGGACGAGCUCGAGACGCAAGUGCAGGAGCAGUGUGAUCAGCUGAUAGCGGAUGCUGAGCGCCACGCGCAGGACCUCGAGAUGGAGCUGAAGGUGCAGCUGCUCUACCUGCCGGAGGCUGUGCGUCAGAUGCCCUGGAAGACCUUCGUGGAGGACUUCGGCGGAGACUUGGAGAACGUCAUCCACAGCUUAUCGCAGCCGUCGCCCCCACGCACGAGGUCUUCCAUGGCUCGGCACGAUAUCGUGGCUGCUACGCCGUGCAGCGUCGCUGAUUUUGAAGAGAAGAAUGAUGAAGACAACCAGGACUCGGGAAAUCGACGUCUGUCAGCAUUUACGACUCCUAUGGCCAAACGAGCUGCAGGAGAAGUCCCAAGAACUGUCCUACGCACAGCACGUAAAGGCGAAACAACCUACUCGGUUCGGGGCUCUCCCAUCAUGCCUGACACCGUUGCGAAGGCUCCUGCUGGGUCAUUGGUAGCCACCUUCGACGGUCUCGAGCCGACAACGUGCUUGCGUCUUGAUAGCGAGCGUGUCCUCGAUCUCUCUCGGCCAGAGGAGCUCUCUGCGGAGUCACGUGGAGAAGCCACGUCAAAAUUGAAGGCACUGCAAGCUAAGGUGGCUCAACUAUUACGCCAGAUUGCGCGCUAA